CACUUACAGGACUCAAAAGAAAACUGUUUGAAGUUCUGGUUUGCAAUCUGGGCACACGGGAACGCCCACCUGGCAAAUUCAAGCCAGCCCUGGGGGGUUUCCUAGCCUGAAUCCCUUGAUUUGGGCGUUCGGAGAAAAACACGGUGUGGAAGUCACCGCAUCCUUUUUUUGUGUGAUGGAUACCUUCAUUAUCGAAUUCUGUUACAAAAACGUCACCGUGAAAGAGGAUGGGAACAACUUCACGGCAAACUGCCGGAUAUGCCCGAAUAAGACCAUCUCGGGAAGCAUCCGAAGCUCCAGCAACUUUCUGAAACAUGUCAAAGUACGGCACCCCCUCCGAUUCAAGGAGUAUGAAAAACUGAAGGACGUGACGUGGAAGAAGAAAAAAAGGAUCCUGACAGACUUUGACGAGGCGACCAGGAGUUCCGUGGAAGCCGAACCCUCUCCAUCUGGUGGCAGGGAGAGGCGGCUGCUCAGGGAAAUCAAGAAGGAAGAUGAUGUGCAAGCCAUAUUUCUGGGCAGUGAUUUUGGUGCUGAGACAGGAACCAGCUCCUUAGGGUCUGAGAUCCCGCCGGUCAUCCAGAACAACCAAGGAUCGCCCAUGGUUGUCGAAGUCCAGCCGCCCGAAGAAUCGGCCUACGAGGACCGGCGGCGGCGGCCGAUCAUCCUUCCCACCCCCACCUGCCAGGAAGUGCCGUGGUCAGGCUUUGAGAAGGCGUUCACCUUUGUGCGCCAAAAGGGGAAGAACGUCGUGGUGCAGUGCAAUUACUGCCUCCCGGCGAUCAAACACGUCAGCUCGGCCAUUACGUCGGCCUCCAACGUGAAGAAACAUUUGGAGAGGGCACAUCCUGAAAAGCUGAGGGAAAUCGAACGGGCCAGGAAAGCCCGCCGACGUGGCCGUUACGAGCCUCCGGCUCAAGACGAGGACCCUUCGCCAGCCAAAAUGCCGAAGCCGCAGGAGCCGACGACCCACGAGAGGUGGGGAUCCAGCCGGGAGCCUGUCACUCAGAGGAUCCUGGACCGGAAGAUCAUGGAUUUCAUCGUGGAGGAGACGCUGCCUCUCCAGACCGUGGAAAAGGCCUCCUUCGUGGGGCUGGUUCGCCUGGGCUUACCCAAAGACCUCACCGUCAUGUGUGCCAAGACCCUGAGGGAGAGGAUUGAGAAGCGGGCCGCCAGCAUGCAGGAGACCCUCUCGCACAGGAUGGGGGCAGUGGAGCACGUGGCCACCACCGCCGACUGUUGGCUCGACGGGAAGAAAUGCUUCCUCGGGGUGACGGCCCACUGGAUCUGCCCCACGACCCUGAAGCGCGAGUUCGGGGCACUGGCCUGCAGGCGCCUGAGGGGUUACCCCACCUCCGACCUCCUCGCCAAAGCCUUGGACCAUGUCCACGUGCAGUACCGGAUCCACAACAAAGUGGUCUCCACCACCACGGACAGCGGCGCCAAUUUCGCCAAGGCCUUCCACGUCUUCCGAGCCAAAGAGCCGUCCGAGCUCGCCGACCUUGGGCUGGAGGAAGACGAGGACGGCGGGGACGACCAGGAGGCGGCCGAGGUGGAGUUCGUGCCCAUUUCCGAGCUCCUGGACGGGCAGCCAAAAGCCGAAGAAGAAGCAUCGGAGUCGGAACACGCCGGCCUGCCGCCUCACCAGCGGUGCGCCAGCCACACACUCAACCUGGUGGCGACCGAAGACAUUCAGAUGAUGAUCUCUGACUCCUCUGUCAACAGCCCUCUGGGGCCCUUCAGGAAACUCUUCUGUUCUUUGAUGGAGAAGUGCAGCAAGCUGUGGUCCAAGCAGAACCAGUCGCCUCAGAUCGCGGAGUACAUCCACGAGCAGUGCGGCGUCUACCUCAAGAUUCCCAACAAAGCCCGGUGGAAUUCCACCUUCGAGGCCCUGAAGCAGCUGAGCGAACUCCUCUCGACCGUGCCGCUGAAAGUGGACGCCAUCAUGGACCAGUGCUCCUUGGUCCGGAUCACGGCGGCCGAGAGCCUGGUGGUUCAGGAGUACACGGAGAUGAUGGGGCCCCUGGCCCAGUCUCUCGACAUCUUGCAGAGGGAGAACGGCAUGUUCAUGGGCUACCUGCUGCCCACCUUGUACAACCUGGAUCGGAAGCUCCACGGGCUGGAGAACAAGCCCGUCCGGUACACCUACGGCCUGCCGCUGCUGAGGGGCGUGCGCGAAGCCCUGAGGAAGCGAUUCGCCCCAAUUUGGGAGGAUAAGAAGCUGCUCCUGGCAGCCUGCCUGCACCCUCGUUUCAAAGUGGAUUGGCUGGAAUCCGCCCAAACGACACAGACCAACAGGUACAUGAUGGAAGCCCUUCUGAAAGCCGAGAUCCGGGGCACGGUCGCCGAGGACAGCGACGGGUCUUCAGAGAAAGACCAAGAAGGGGACGAUCUGGAAGACGACUUCUUCAACAUCCAGCCUCGUGGCAGGAAGUCUGCCGUGGAUACGGCCGACGAGGAAGUCUUACGGUACCUGAAGUCCCCCAGCCGGGAGGUGUCCUCCCUCCACGCCUUUCCUCGCGUCCUGCGCUGCUUCCUGCAAUACAACACCGGGGUGCCCUCCAGCGCCUCCGUCGAGCGCCUGUUCAGCACCGGCGAGAGCCUCACGUUUUUCUGCUGCGCUUGUGGUUCUCAGAUGUAA